AUAUACUAGGUGCUUUCAUGUGGGGAAAUAUUAGGCAUCAAUGAUGGGUCUCCUUGUUGGUUCAUGGCUCUCAGUUGCCAUUUUUCUCCUCAGGAUCCCCAGAGAUCAAGGUGCAGAUAUAAUUGGAGGGAAAGAAUCAAUUCCACACUCGAGACCUUUUAUGGCUUUAAUUCAGGGAAAAGUUAUGUGUGGAGGAACAUUGAUCAAACCAAACUGGGUGUUAACAGCAGCCCACUGCAAUCUGGGGGAAAAUCCCAAAGUGACUCUUGGAGCUCAUUCGUUGAAAAAGGCCGAGCCUUCAAAACAGAUCUUUACAGUUGCUAAACGGAUUCCUUACCCAUGCUUCGAUGAGCAGGCAAAAGAAAAUGACCUUAUGCUUCUGCAGCUGAAUAGAGCAGCAAAGAUCAACAGCAAUGUGUCUCCUGUUAAGCUUGCCCAAACUUUCGAUGACCUCAAGGCAGGAACAGAGUGCCUUGUAGCUGGAUGGGGAGUUGUUGAUAAUAAACAGAAGAAGCCAGCUGAUACAUUACGGGAAGUCAAUGUCACCGUCAUAGAAAGACACAUCUGCAAUGACAAGAAGCACUAUAAUUUUCAGCCGAUCGUGACAAUGAAUAUGGUGUGUGCUGGCAGCAAAAAAGGAGGGAAGGACACAUGUGCGGGUGACUCUGGUGGUCCUUUGAUCUGCAAUGGGCAACAAAGAGGCAUUGUCUCCUUCGGCAAACUCUUAAAAUGCGCUGAUCGCCAAUUCCCCGGUGUUUACACUCGCCUUACAAAGAACUUUCUCAAUUGGAUAAAGAAAACCAUAGGGGGUGACUUAUAGAAUGUUUACUCAUCAAUUCACUAUGUCUAAGCCAUCUUCUUAGUUUACAUUUGUGCCAUUCAUCUUCGUGGGCGGGGGGUGUUCUGCCAUGCACAUCAGCUCUAUGGCUGACACUUGCAUAACAGAAACACUCAGCUGACUUGAUGGAUUUUAAUUGAACAAUUAAUCCAAGUGCAUAGAUUUGCAUGCAAAUGAUACAACAUUCAGAUAAGAAAAUUGUGACAAUUGGGUAGCACAGGGGAUCGUGCUGGCAGAGGAUUCUGGGACUUUUACUCCAAAAAAGGAUAUUUUUAUUAAGUUUGGGAGGGAUGCCUCAGAACUGAGCCUUUUGUCUGGUCUUCCCCUGCACGGCUCAUGGAUCCCUGAUCAAACUGUGAAGAUAUGUUUGAUGGGCACGAAUAUAGCACUCAGCCGUUUACUGCUACAUAAUCCAUAAUUCUUCGCUAGUUUGGUAUCUUGUACUUACAUUUGCUAGCUUUUGGGUACAUUUAGGAUAUUAAAACAAUAGGAACUCUUGUGGGACCUUAAAGGCUAAGAAAUAUAUUAUGUGACAUGCAUUUUCAUGCUCUAUUGUACAUUCAGGGGCAGCAUUACCCUUAGGCAGAUGGAGGUAAUCCACUCCAGUAGCAAAUAUUGGGGACGCACCAGCGCUACCUGAGAGCUGUGUUCCCCCUCAUUUUUUUUU